AUGGGCAACACGGGUAGCAUGAAUUCGCAGCAGACCGAUUUCAGGGCACACAACGUGCCUUCGAAGCUGCCGAUGCUUGAGCCAGGUGAACUGGAGGAGCGAUUUGUCAUCGUGCUGAAUGCUAUGAACCUACCACCUGACAAAGCCAGGUUACUGCGGCAGUAUGACAAUGAGAAAAAGUGGGAACUGAUUUGUGAUCAGGAACGAUUCCAGGUGAAGAAUCCUCCCCAUACAUGUAUUCAAAAACUCAAAGGCUAUCUGGAUCCAGCGGUAACUAGGAAGAAAUUCAGACGGCGUGUUCAAGAAUCCACAUAAGUGCUAAGAGAACUGGAAAUUUCUUUAAGAACCAACCAUAUUGGAUGGGUCAGAGAGUUUUUGAAUGAAGAAAACAACGUUCUAGUGGAAUGUCUGUCAUUUGCGCAGUAUGCGGUAACUUUUGAUUUUGAGAGUGUGGAAAGCACCGUGGAGAGCUCGGUGGACAAAUCGAAGCCCUGGAGUAGGUCCAUUGAGGACCUGCACAGAGGAAGCAACCUGCUGUCCCCUGUGGCCAACAGCGUGUCCCGCUCAGGACGGCAUUCUGCACUGUGAUAUAAUACGUUGCCGGGCAGAAGAACCUUGAAAAAUUCAAGAUUAGUGAGUAAGGAAGAUGACGUGCAUGUCUGUAUCAUGUGUUUAUGUGCCAUCAUGAAUUAUCAAUAUGGCUUCAAUGUGGUCAUGUCUCAUCCACAUGCUGUCAACGAGAUUGCACCAAGCUUGAACAACAAGAAUCCAAAAACAAAAGCCCUUGUGUUAGAACUGUUGGCAGCCAUUUAUCUUGUCAGAGGCGGGCAUGAAAUCAUUUUAUCAGCAUUUGACAACUUUAAGGAGGUUUACAGAGAAAAACAGCACUUUGAGAAGUUGAUGGAACAUUUCAGGAAUGAAGAUAAUAACAUAGAUUUUAUGGUGGCCUCUAUGCAGUUUAUUAACAUAGUCCAUUCAGUAGAUGACAUGAAUUUCAGAGUUCACCUCCAGUAUGAAUUUACCAAGUUAGGCCUGGACGAGUACUUGGAUAAGCUGAAACACACUGAGAGUGACAAGCUGCAGGUACAGAUUCAGGCUUACCUGGACAAUGUGUUUGAUGUGGGAGCUCUGCUGGAAGACGCUGAAACCAAGAAUGCAGCCUUGGAGAGGGUGGAAGAACUGGAAGAAAACAUCUCUCAUCUGUCCGAAAAACUGCAAGACACAGAGAAUGAAGCCAUGUCCAAGAUUGUGGAACUGGAAAAGCCACUCAUGCAGAGGAACAUAGAGCUGGAUGUGGUUUGAGAAAUCUACAAAGAUGCAAAUACCCAGGUUCACACAUUAAGGAAAAUGGUCAAAGAAAAAGAAGCCGUUCAACAGUCUACCCUGGAAAAAAAGAUUCGUGAACUGGAGAAACAAGGGACCAUUAAAAUUCAGAAGAAAGGGGAUGGGGACAUCACCAUACUUCCAGUGGUGGCUUCUGGCUCAUUGUCCACAGGGUCAGAAGUGGCAGUGGAUAACUUUGUGGGACCAAUAACAGGGGCUGCCUCCUCAGGACCCCUGUCUCCUCCUCCCCCACCACUACCUCUGUUGUCAGAUGCACCUGAAGCAGUGCAAAAUGGUCCAGUAACACCACCUAUGCCACCACCACCUCCUCCACCCACGCCCCCUCUUCCCCCUCCCCCUCCUCCUCUUCCUGGUCCUGCAGCUGAGACUGUACCAGCUCCUCCUUUACCACCCCCGCCUCCUCCCUCUGCACCCUCACUGCCCGGGAUGUCUUUUCCCACAGUGGUUUUCAACUCAGGAUUAGCAGCUGUGAAAAUUAAGAAGCCAAUCAAGACAAAAUUCAGAAUGCCAAUGUUUAACUGGGUUGCCCUGAAGCCAAAUCAGAUCAAUGGCACAGUCUUCAAUGAAAUUGAUGAUUAGCAAAUUCUGGAGGAUCUAAAUGUGGAUGAAUUUGAGGAAAUAUUUAAGACAGAAGCUCAAGGUCCUGCCAUUGAUCUUUCUUCAAGCAAACAGAAGAUAAUGCAGAAGAGAUCCAACAAAGUGACAUUACUAGAAGCAAAUAGGGCCAAAAAUCUUGCCAUAACUUUAAGGAAAGCUGGAAAGACUGCUGAUGAGAUAUGUAAAGCUAGUCAUGUAUUUGACUUGAAGACAUUACCAGCAGACUUUGUAGAAUGUUUGAUGAGGUUCUUGCCAAUGGAGAAUGAGGUGAAAGGGCUCUGGCUCUAUGAGCGGGAAAGGAAACCACUGGAGAACUUGUCAGAUGAAGACCGGUUUAUGAUGCAGUUCAGUAAAAUUGAGAGGCUCAUGCAGAAGAUGACCAUUAUGGCCUUCAUCGGGAACUUUGCUGAAAGCAUCCAGAUGCUGACACCUCAACUGGACUCAAUUAUAGCAGCAUCUGUCUCUAUAAAGUCAUCUCAAAAACUCAAGAAAAUUCUGGAGAUCAUUUUGGCCCUUGGGAAUUAUAUGAAUAGCAGCAAACGAGGAGCAGUUUAUGGAUUUAAGCUUCAGAGUUUAGAUCUGCUCUUAGAUACAAAGUCAACAGACCAAAAGCAAACACUGUUGCACUAUAUAUCAAAUGUUGUAAAGGAAAAAUAUCACCAAGUGUCCCUAUUUUAUAAUGAGCUUCAUUAUGUGGAGAAAGCUGCUACAGCCUCCCUUAAGAAUGUUUUACUGGAUGUCAAGGAGCUCCAGAGGGGCAUGGACUUGACCAAGAGGGAGUAUACCAUGCAUGACCACAACACGCUGCUGAAGGAGUUCAUUCUCGACAAUGAGGGGAAGCUGAAGAAGCUGCAGGAUGAUGCCAAGAUUGCCCAGGAUGCCUUUGAUAAUGUAGUGAAGUAUUUUGGAGAAAACCCCCAAACAACACCACCCUCUGUCUCCUUUCCCAUCUUUGUGCGGUUUGUGAAAGCCUAUAAGCAAGCAGAAGAGGAGAACGAGCUGAGGAAAAAGCAGGAACAAGCACUCAUGGAGAAGCUUCUGGAGCAGGAUGCUCUGAUGGGGCAGCAGGACCCAAAGUCUCCCUCUCAUAAAUCAAAGAGGCAGCAGCAAGAAUUAAUUGCAGAAUUAAGAAGGCGUCAAGUUAAAGAUAAGAGACAUGUAUACGAAGGAAAAGAUGGUGCCAUUGAAGAUAUUAUCACAGCUUUAAAGAAGAAUAAUAUCACUAAAUUUCCAAAUGUUCACUCGAAGGUAAGGAUUUCUUCUAGCACACCGGUGGUGGAGGAUACACAGAGCUGAUCUUAGAAACCAACCAUACAGAUGAGCCGAUGAGGUGAGGAGAAGUGUCAGGCGGUGCUUUGAUGAUCAGAACUUGCAUUCUGUUAAUGGUGCCGAAAUAACCAUGUGAACCUGAGACUUGCCUGUCUGAAU